AUGGCCUCCCUCUAUCACCGCUUCGGUGCCUUCUACUCCUCUUCUUUCUCUCGCCGCCCCUGGCUCACACUCGCAAUCGCAAAUGGAACACUGGGCGUGAUCGCGGAUUCACUGGCGCAGAACUUCGAGAAGCAGCAAGCACGACAGCAGGCAAAGGACAAGGAGGGCAGCGUUUCAUCAAGAGAGACCAAAGGUUGGGACUGGGCUCGCAGUGGUCGCUUUGCGGCCUUUGGUGUCGGUAUGGCUCCAAUUCUGGCAGAGUGGAAUAAGUUCAUCGAAUUCGCAUUCCCGCUCAGAACGAAUGCUGCGUCCACGUCUACGACUGCGGGGGCUGCGGCUUCUACGGCGGUGAGCGCGGGAAAGGUCAGUCUGGUAGCCUUGGGAAAGAGAGUGUCUUUCGAUCAAGUGCUAUUCGCACCCUUCGGUCUCGUAUGCUUCGUCGGAGCAAUGGGAGCGAUGGAGUACGGCUCCUGGCCGGGCGUCAAGGCCAAAUUCUCAGAUAUGUACAUGCCUGCCCUCCUGGCAAACUGGCAGGUCUGGCCCCUGAUCCAGCUAGUCAACUUUCGCUUCGUACCGUUGAGGUUCAGAGUGCCCUUCACCAGCUCAUGCGGCAUUGCAUGGACGCUGUACCUGAGCUUGUUGGCCGCAGCCAAGGGUAAGGCAGAACAGGGUGCGGAGGUGAGGAGGGUAGAGACGGAGAAGGCGGUGUGAGUAGAAAUGUAAUAAAAUUAGAGCAGAAUACGAGCAGAGUAACUGUAGUGAGGUGCAAGUAGGGAACACGGCAGAUCGAGCAUCUACAGCGGGCAUGGCUCAAUCCUCUUUGUCGACCUCAUGAAGGACGACCGUACCGUCUCCUACCAUCUCCUGCUCUCCCUCCCUUUCAUCCCCAGCCGCGCGCAGUAAAAGCUCCACCACAUCCUCUCGUUCCACCCCAGUCCCUUCCAUCUCCGCCCUCCCCGCAAAGAACUCCAGUAACGUCCCCUUG